AUGUUCCCAGCAGACCACCACCGCCACCACCUUACAGCAAUUCUUCAUACGGUCCCCCGUACGGAUCUAAUCCGACCUAUCCGAAUCGUCGAAAUAACGGAUCUUAUGGAAGUCAAGGAGUACCUCCUUCUUACGGAUAUCGUGAUUAUAACCACGAACGCGAGUUCAGGGAUCACAGAAACCCUGACCAUGGUCCAAAUCAUCACGCCUACCCUUCUUAUCACAGCAAUCCUAACAGCAGCAAUAAUAGCCCUUACAGCACUCCCCGGCAUCAUCCAAUCCAAAACCAACAACGUCAGCAUCAUUCACAGCUUCGACGGCAUGCCAUACCAUGAAGAGCAGCUCUAUCGCAAAAAAGGCAUCAUAUUUAUAAUUUCAGUUGCAGGCCUACUGAAACUUAAUGCUAUGGUGAUUUACGCAGCUUCAGUUUUUUUUCAUCGGUUUUAUUUGAGAAAAUCAUUGAAACGUUAUCACCACUAUAAUACCGCUGCCACUGCUCUCUUUCUUGCUACAAAGGUAGAAGAGUCUACAAGAAAGCUUAGAGACGUUACUAUUGCUUGCACUAAGGUUGCUUCUAAGAAUCCUAAAUUAGUGGUUGAUGAGCAGCUCCGAGAUUUUUGGCAGUGGAAAGACACUAUUCUCGCCAAUGAGGAAGUUUUACUUGAAGCCUUAACUUUUGAUUUGACUUUGGAAUCACCUUUUGAAAUGCUUUCUCAUGCCUCCGAUGCUUUACAACUACAAACAGAAAUUAGAAAAUCGGCCUGGGCAUUUGUCAAUGAUUCAUGCCAAACAUCAUUGUGCAUUAUGUUUCCAACUAAGGUCAUCCUAGCUGCAGCCAUUCAAUGGGCGCUUAAAUUUCGUCAAAUGAAACUUCCAGAAAUUAGAAUCACAAACGAGGCUGGAGAAGAAAACUUAGUUGAGUGGACUGAACAUCCGUCAGUUAAAGUUAGCGCGGAAGACCGUACAGCUGCAAUGAAUGUAAUGACAGCUGUUUACGAGUCAGGCUCCAGUGCUGCCAGCAUACCAAAGGCACCGGUGCCUGCUCCUGUUCCUGUGAACACACCUUUGCAUAAGGAGACUAAACGUAAGCGGGAUUCUGAAGAUACAGAUAGCAAUGGUGCUAAAAAAUCUAAAACUGAAAUGUAA